AUGACAGCCAACAUCCCGCCCAUCUCGCCCUCGCGCUUCGCCUUAGCGCUCCAAGACCUCCCGCUCGAGAACUUGUACGCCAAAGCGCGCGAGAUCGACAAUUCGAUCGCGCAUCUGCGGCGCUCGAACGCCCAGCUGCAGGAGUUCUCGGACAGCAUCCGGAGCGACGAGACCAUCAGCGGGGAAACGCGUGAGGAAGUCGGGGAUCGGGAGUGUCUGGAAGCGAUCAGGGAGAAUGAGGAGGUGAUUGAGCGGCAGAGGGAGCGGGUGGGGUUGUUGAAGGCGGAGGUGGAGAGGAGGGGUAGGACUUGGCAUGGUGAUGGGGAGGUGAAUGGCGAGAGGGAGGCUGCUGAGGGAGGAAACGCCGGUAGAGCUGCCGCUGCGGGAACGGGUGGGAGAUUGACGGAUGAGGAGCUGAGGCGGAGGAUGGAGGAGCAGAUGGGGCGCGAUGAUGGGGAUGAUGGUGCCGGGGGUGGGAUGCAUCUAUGA